AUGCUGGCCCAGACUUUGAAGACCACUAGAUUCACUGCCAAAUCCGCUCAAAACGCUCUGUCGCUUGCGUCUCGCUCCUUUACGAGCAACCCAGUAGCGUUUAUGCCCAAAAAAGACGACGACGUGACCCAGCAGCAGUUGGACGAGAACAAAGCCAAGUUGGAAGAACUCGAAAAGGGCAAUUCCAAGCACGGCACCUUCCAGGGCGAACUCAAACGACCUUCAGACGCAGAACUCAAAAAAAGGGGUGAGGAUGCGCAGGUCGAACAACAGAGACCCGACGACGGCGUUUACUAG